AUGGCAGGUUUGUCGAAAGAUACGCCUCCAAAUUCACGGCUUUCGGAUGUCAUACAUUCGGUGGUUGGAAAGAUCCGGUCUUUUGUGCGUGCAAGAGCUGCGCUUUCACGGAUAACCCAUUCAUUGCGUACGCUUAAACGCUUCAGUGAAAAUAGCUUUGAAUUUGACCGAAUUGCAGACGCACUGAAGCUUUUCGAAGAACUGAAAGAUACAAGUUAUUAUCCAACAAAUGUUUGUGCAAAGCUCACGGAUUUUCGAAUGAUUACCGCAGAACAGUUCUUUGUAAGUUACUGA